AUGGAAACUGCAAAAAAAACACAGCACCAUCAAAGACACACAGCACCACCAAAGACACACAACACCACCAAAGAAACACAGCACCAGCAAAGAAACACAGCACCAGCAAAGAAACACAGCACCAGCAAAGAAACACAGCACCUGCAAAGAAACACAGCACCAGCAAAGAAACACAGCACCACUCAAAAAAAACACAACACCAUCAAAGAAACACAGCACCACCAAAGAAACACAGCACCAUCAAAGAAACACAGCACCUGCAAAGAAACACAGCACCUCAAAGAAACACACCACCAGCAAAGAAACACAGUAUCAUCAAAGAAACACAGCACCUGCAAAGAAACACAUCACCAGCAAAGAUACACAGCAUCAUCAAAGAAACACAGCACCUGUAAAGAAACACAGCACCAGCAAAGAAACGCAGCACCGAAAUACAGCACCAGCGAAAAAAACAGCACCAGCAAAGAAACACAGCACCAGCAAAUAAACACAGCACCAGCAAAUAAACACAGCACCAGCAAAGAAACACAGCACCAGCAAAGAAACGCAGCACCGAAAUACAGCACCAGCGAAAAAAAACAGCAACAGCAAAGAAACACAGCACCAGCAAAUAAACACAGCACCAGCAAAGAAACACAGCACCAACGAAGAAACGCAGCACCGAAACACAGCACCAGCGAAAAAACACAGCACCACCAAAGAAACACAGCACCGGCAAAGAAACACAGCACCAACGAAGAAACAGCACCAGCAAAGGAACAUAGAAACAAGUGGAGUGGUGGAGCCGUGGUUCGCUUCAAUCCGGUAGGAGUUUCCGGCUGCCGUGUGGCUACACCUUCCAAUUACCUGGCGCCUCGGCAGGCAAUCAGAAGUACAGGUGCACCGGGGCGAGGGCGGCCGUGCAGGGGAGCAGAGACGCAGGUAUUUCCGGGUUGUGUUGACCUUCGAUGUGACCAGAUGUGA